AGUAUAAAGAAGCCUUAAAGAGGCCUUUAAGUGACGCCUGUAUGCGUCGAGUUGUAGGAUGAACAAGGUCGAUUUAGUGCAUUUUGAACAAUCGGAGUUUCCGUAGCAAAUAGUUCAGGUUGCCACAAACAAAAAAUGGCGUUCCUAUUAAAUCAGCCCCUCUACUUUCGUUUGCUUGUGAAAUCAAAUCAGUACGUUUUUGUCAAGCAACAAAAUCUAUAUUAUGUAUUAUUCCUGUCUAGAUAAACUGGCCUCGUUGUGCUUCUCAAGCCACCGAACAAAGAGACGCGGAGGUUAGCAACACGUCGCUAAAGCUGAGCUCUGAUCGUGUGAAAAUGUGUAAAGUGGAAAUGCUGAGAGCGUUGCUGAACCAGCGAUUAAGUGCGGUCGUGGAAGAAAUAUUUGUAGUGUUCGAAAGAACGAUAGCGGAGUACGAGGAGGAACUUUCUCGAACAAAGGAGGAGAACCAGCGGCAACGUCAACUGUUGGACGCUUGCAACGGAGCAGCAGAUGUCGGUGAAGAAGUUCUCUCAACUGAGCAGCAAGAGUUGAGCUCCAGGGUGGAGCAGCAGGAACCAGAGUGCCCCCAAGUUAAAGAGGAAGAUGAUGGUUACAGCAUAGGCCAGUUUCAAGGACCACAGGAGGAUGAAAUGCUAUUGAAUCAUGUCAUUGUAAAAAGUGAAGCUGAGGAUGAAGAAGGAGAUGGAUACUUCUGUGGAGGUUCCAAAGCAGACAGCCUCUUAGCGCCACUGUCAGAUAGUGACGACACAACGUCACACUCUCCUGACACUGAUGAUGAACACUCUAAAGUUGAUAUGAUAUGUCACACAGACAUGGAACAUCUUAAAUGUUCUCAAUGUGACAAAACGUUUGGCAGCAAGAGGAAUCUCAAAAGACAUAUGAGAUGUCACACAAGUGACAAACCCUUCAUGUGCGCAGAUUGCGGUAAAACAUUCUCUAUAAAGGGACAUUUGAUCAGACACACAAGAACACACACUGGAGAAAAACCUUUUUCCUGCUCAGUUUGCUGUCAGACAUUCUCCCGAAAGGCUUCUCUAAUGAUACACACAAGGACACACACUGGUGAGAAACCUUUUUCCUGUUCGGUAUGUGGUAAAAGAUUCCCUCACAGGUCAACUUGGAUGCGACACACAAGAACACACAGCGGAGAAAAACCAUACACCUGCUCAUUCUGCAACAAAAGAUUCUCCCAAAAUGAGUAUUUGGUAGCGCACACCCGAACGCACACAGGAGAGAAACCAUUUCCCUGCACAAUCUGCCACACCAGUUUUCGCGAUCGCUCAGCGUUGAGUAAUCAUCAGAAGACACACGGAAGAAAAGCCAUUUUCUUGCACAAGGUGCGACACCCGCUUCCGCGAUCGUUCUGCAUUGAGGAAACACAUGAGAACGCAUACUGGCUAGAGUGUUGCUGCUGAAGUGUGUGUGAUUUAAAAUGUCAUAGGCUGUGUUUGGAAUAAUUCUCACCCAUUCCCUACUGACUAAUCACUAUACAGCAGAGGUGUUAGGUAACGAAGUACAAAUACUUCGCUAGGUAUAAAUUUUUUGUGUGUCGUUAUUUUUCAACCUACUCUUUACCUCUACUCUGUACAUUAUCUAAAAAAAAUUGGUACUUUCUACUCCUUACACUUGAAAAAAGCCUCGUUCUAUUGCAUUUUGGAUUACCGUAAUUUCUCAUGUAUAAUGCACAGCCAUGUAUAAUACGCACCCCCAAAGUUGACCUCAAAAUUCUGGAAAAUCCUUCUACCUAUGUAUAAUGCAUUUUUACAAUGCAUGAUUUUGCUUCUACCCAUAUGAUCAAAUCAUGAAGUAUUAUCUGUAUUUUGUUAGUUUUUUUCAAAUAAUUAUUCUGAAGUUAAGCACUUUAUUUGAACAUGUAAUACUUUCUUUUUAUUUACUUGGUCUUAUUUUGAAAUUCGCAGCCCUACUUUUAUUUAGUAAAUGAGAAAACACACAGUUGUGCUCAUAUGUUUGAUUUCCUGGGCAGAAUUUGUAAGAUGGGUACAAUUCUUUAAAGUAAACCUGAAGGGCCAGGCGAAACACGUUUAGUUUUAUUUUAAUAUGAUUCAAAUUAAAGUGUCAAGCAUUUCAGAAAAGCAUUAUCAUCAAACAUAACCAUAAAUAAAUUAAUGAUGGUUGUUGUUCAGAAAAUUCUGCCUGGGUAUAUACUUAUGAGCACAACUGUACAUAUAUGCAGUCAUUGUACCCCUUUAAUAUUGGAAUGAAAGUGUACAGCUUUUUCAUAACCUCUAGAUGCUAGAUUUUUUGUGUGUUUUUUUUCUAAAGCUGAUUUAAGUAUAUUUAAAAAACAUCUACAUUAAAUAUCCCACAAUGACAAAGUAAACAUAUUUUGAGACAGUUGUCCAAAUUUAUUGAAAAUGUAAACAUGAAACAACUCCAAUGAAGUUGGGACGUUGUGUUAAACAUAAAUAAAAACUGAAUACAAUGAUUUGCAAAUCAUGGUCAACCUAUAUUUAAUUGAAUACACUACAAAGACAAGAUAUUUAAUGUUCAAACUGUUUCAAAUCCACAAAUUAUUUGGACAGAUUUUUAAAAUCCACAAAUAUAUCCGCGAUUGACACAUGUUUGAAAUUCACAAAUAUAUCCGCGAAAACCUUCUCCAGAGUGCUCAGAACCUCAGACUGGGCCGAAGGGUCACCUUCAAAAAAGACAAUGACCAUAAGCACACAGCUAAAAUACUGAAGCAAUGGCUUCAGAACAACUCGGUGACUGUUUUUGAAUGGCCAGCCAGAGCCCUGACUUAAACCCAAUUGAGCAUCUCUGGAAAGGCCUGAAAAUGGCUGCCCACCAA